AUGAAGCCAGCUAGUAAGUCGACCCUGACGCAAGAUGGGCAGCCUGGACCUUCGUCGGUACCUGCCGGCUCAGGAAACCAGGUUGAUGACGAGGAGGAGGAGGAGGAGGAGGAGGAGGAGGAGGAGGAGGAGGAGGAGGAGGAGGAGGAGGAGGAGGAGAGCAACGAUGCAUACGACGAGCGUCCUCCGCGUAGCACGAAUCCGCGCACCUUGGAAGAAUGCCUCCGGCGGGAACUUGAAUACAUAGAUAACCUGCUCGAAAAGGAUGAGGAGGAGGACGAGCAGAACAUGGCGGAGCACAGGCUUAGGCACGUCGACGAGAUCGGCCACUACAUCCGGGACAACAAGAAGAAGAAUUGGGACAAAGUGGCCGAGGUCCCCCGGGAGUACAUCUGGCUGCACGGCCCUAGGGUAACCGAAAUCCGGAUGCGCGCCUACGUGAAGUUCAUGAUACGUGAGUGUAAGCUCGAUGCCGAGUCAAUCGAGGAGGGGAACAAUGCCUCGCGAACCCAGCCUGUGCAAGGUACAAUGGUGCACACGCUCCUUGUGCGCAUAAAGGCAUGCCAGAUGGCGGCGAGAGUGGAGGCGACGCUCUACCGGGAGAAGGAGCUGAGCAUCAUGCAGGAGAUCUCGGUGGUCAGAUCGGAGGUGCGGUUCAUGGUCCGCACCAAGAACGAGAGGGACGUCAAGUAA